AUUGAAACAAAACCCUUAAUCGAAAGUUUAGGGAACCAGAGAAAGAAAAAGGGAAGGCUUUUUGUGAAUGGAGAUGAGUUUAUUGCCCAUAAGAGAUCACAAAGGUCAUGCGGCCAUAUUCUCCCUUCCUUUCCUCUCUCUCUCAGCAGUCAUCGCUCCAAAUCGAUCCAUCGAUGCCUUCUAGCUCCAAAUCGAUCCCCGCAUCCCAUCUCCCACAACACAAACCGAGAAAAAAGAAGGUGAAACCGAGAAACUCAUCACCCAUGGUCACUGCUGCUCUCUUCUUCCUGGUCCCGACUUGUUGGCCUAAGUGUGGCUAUUUUUAUUGUAUUUUUGUGCACUCGUCAUUUUUUCCG